UUUUUUCAGAAAAUGAGUCGAAAUCAUUUGAUUUUGGGUUCCAUACUUUCCGCUAUUGCCUUGUGUUUUGCCUUUAGCACACCUUCUACAUACUUUGAAUGUGAGGUUUACCCUGGAAAUGCAAAUGUUGAUCAAACUCGGAGGGAAUGUAUGCGUGAAACAGUAGAUGAUGAGGAAUUACUUUACUGCAAAAGCUGGCAAUGCGAAACACCAGACAUGUGUACUGAGGAAGAGAGAUUAACAGCAAGCGACGGUUGCCAAUUCUGUCCAGAAACCUGUUCUAUUUAUGGAAAAAUCUACCAGGUUGGAGACGGCACAACAUGCAUCGAUAACACCAACUCCUGUAGCUGCUUAGCGACCGGAGGGAUCUUAACUACCUUAGUUGGGUACAACAAAGAGCUCUUCUGCAAUUACAGAGUUUUUAAAAAAUUGAAAGUGAUAGAGGGUUUGCAUUUCGGUAGCAUAUUUAAACACCCCUACUAUUGAUAUUUUUAUUCAAAUUCAAGACACGUUGUUUAGGUUGACCUAUUCAACGGUUAUAGGGUAGAACCGGUUUCAUUAAUAAAAUUGGCAGU